CUCAUCUCCAUGCCAAAAAAAAAAGUUCAACACGGACUGCAGUACAGGAUUACUGUAUCUUACCAUACCUAGCCACCUACAGGUCUUUCUUCAACGCCCAUGUAGCACAGAGAAAAUGAAGAGAUCGAAAAGUGUGGGUCUUUUGAAUGGUGGGGACCCUUGGCGGGGCUCACGAUAACAUCAAUGACGAAGCCUUUCGAGCACCGGGAACGCAAAUUUCCCCUAAUCUCCGGUCCUUUAGCGUUCAACUUACAAAUGGCUGAACGCACUGGAUGGCUCGAAGAUUUUAUCAUUUAAAUUCUUCAUCUACCUUAACCUUUCACUUGGCUGCAAGUUGGAGUUAGCUUUUCUCUUAGCGUCAAUUCAUAAUUUAAUUUUGCCCUUCUCGCCCUCAAAACGCAGUGCAAGCUAUCAUAACUAAAGAGGCAUCAACAUGACGUGCGAAGCUUGUCGGACCCUUCCGGUGGUGAUUUCCACCGGAUACUCGCCCAAGGGCAGCUAUGAAAAGCUAGCCGGGCUGGAAGUCUAUGUCACUGGACCCCGAGAUGCCAAGAUUGGCUUGAUUGAUGUCUAUGAUAUUUUUGGCAUGGCGUCGCAAACCAUCCAAGGCGCCGAUAUUCUCGCCAGCGAGCUCAAUGCGAUUGUUCUCGUCCCAGACUUCUUGAAGGGCGAAGCCGCAAAAAAUGAAUGGGUGCCGCCUAACACGGAUGAGAAAAUGCAGCUCUUGAUGAAAUUCGUCACUGAGAAAGCAUCGAUUCCCGAAAACACGCAAGCAUUGUUGGACGUUGCAAAGGAAGCAAAGGAGACUUUCCCAACUGUCAAUGCUUGGGGAACCGUUGGUCUGUGCUGGGGCGGAAAGGUUGUGGCCCUUAUCUCGGGCGCUGGCACUCCCUUUGUUGCGACAGGACAGGUUCACCCUGGACGCAUGGAGAAGGCAGAUGCCGAGAAGAUUACUGUCCCUCAUAUUGUUCUGGCUUCCAAGGACGAGCCUGCCGAGGCUGUGGCCGAGUACAAGGAAGUCAUUGAAAAGAAUGGCACUGAUGGAUACGUCGAGACAUAUGCGAACAUGCACCACGGCUGGAUGGGGGCGAGAGCAAAUCUCGAGGACGAGGAGAACAAGAAGGAGUAUCUGCGGGCAUACACCCAGCUGUCCGACUUCUUCAAAAAGCACCUUAAAUAAGCAUGCAUUCCGGCGUUGAUCACAAACUUGAUAGAUUACACUACAAAUAGAGUAACACAAGACCCCGAAUUUUCCAACAACAUGAGGCCCAAUGCGCAUAUGACGCGUCUCUGCUCCCAUAAUCUUCAGGAAAGCUCUUGUGUCUAAGCUCAUACAAACGACCACCCGUAUAUAUAAACAAAAUAAGAGUACAACACCCUCCAUCAAACACGAUCGAAUACGCCUCUUCAACCCCGCAACAAGACGCCAUCUGAACCCCACUACUCCCCAGACAUUACAAUCACUUUUCCCUCCUCCCGCUCUACCGCUCUACCCGCUGCGCAAAAAAAUCAAGCCUUGCUCUCCGCGACGGGGUCAUCCUUGUUAAACUUCAAACUGACACUAUUCACACAGUGUCUCUC